AUGGAUAAAAACAUACUCACAUUAGAAGCUAUUCCAUUCUUGACUCCACCUGAUGAGGAGAUGGCCGUCAUUGCCUCCUUGAAUCAUAGACUACCCCGUGACGAAGAGGGACCUAUUAUGCCAGCACCACUCCAUAUACGAUCCGAUGGCUUUGGUGCCCCGCUGCUGAUAAAGCAGAAGCAGCUGAUGCGGACAAUAUUCCAACAAACAGCAGAAUGGACUACCAAAAUAGACCCUGGAUUGAUUCAGGAAUGGCUUACGAUCACUAAAGACAUAGAUAAAUUCCACAUUCGAGUUUCACGACAGCUCAUACGACCAAGGCCACCCCCACAUCAAAACAACCUAUGGGUCUUCGCCGAUGCAAGUAAUCAGGCUAUGGCAGUGUGUGCGUAUAUGGUAGACACCGAGGUCACUGAAUUUUCGAGCCUCAUAAGUGGGAAGACCAUGCUGGCUCCCAAAAAGCGCCAGUUAUCCAUACCCAGACUCGAGUUACUUGCAAUUUUGCUGGCUCUACGGCUAGCGGAAUCCAUCUCAACCACAUUGUACAUCGUCGUGUCAGACAUAUUCAUCGUAAGUGACAGUCGAAUUGCGUUGAGCUGGAUCCGAACUUCUCGAAAAUUACCUCUGUUCAUAAUGAAUCAACGCGACCGAAUAAGAACCAUCAUAAACAGACUCACAGCUCGUGGACAUGGAAUCCAUCUUCUACACAUACCGGGAGCAAGGAACCUUGCAGAUGCAGGCACUCGCGGAGCCACUGCUGCACAACUCGCUUGCGUUGAUUGGGUGACGCUUUGC